AUGCCCCGGGAGAUCAUCACCCUGCAGCUGGGCCAAUGCGGCAACCAGAUUGGGUUCGAGUUCUGGAAACAGCUGUGUGCCGAGCAUGGUAUCAGCCCGGAGGGCAUCGUGGAGGAGUUUGCCACCGAGGGCACGGACCGCAAGGAUGUCUUUUUCUACCAGGCAGACGAUGAGCACUACAUCCCACGAGCCGUGCUGCUGGACCUGGAGCCCCGGGUGAUCCACUCCAUCCUCAACUCUCCCUACGCCAAGCUCUACAACCCAGAAAACAUCUACCUGGCUGAGCAUGGAGGUGGAGCUGGCAACAACUGGGCCAGGGGAUUCUCCCAGGGGGAGAAGAUCCAUGAGGACAUCUUUGACAUCAUAGACCGAGAAGCAGACGGAAGUGACAGUUUGGAGGGCUUCGUGCUGUGUCACUCCAUCGCCGGAGGUACAGGUUCUGGCAUGGGCUCCUACUUGCUGGAGAGGCUGAAUGACAGGUACCCCAAGAAACUGGUGCAGACAUAUUCGGUGUUUCCCAACCAAGAUGAGAUGAGUGACGUGGUGGUGCAGCCCUACAACUCGCUGCUCACACUCAAGAGGCUGACCCAGAAUGCAGACUGCGUGGUGGUGCUGGACAACACAGCCCUGAACCGGAUAGCCACUGACCGCCUGCACAUCCAGAACCCGUCCUUCUCCCAGAUCAACCAGCUGGUGUCCACCAUCAUGUCAGCCAGCACCACCACCCUGCGUUACCCCGGCUACAUGAACAACGACCUCAUCGGCCUCAUUGCCUCGCUCAUCCCCACACCCCGACUCCACUUCCUCAUGACCGGCUACACCCCCCUCACCACGGACCAGUCAGUGGCCAGUGUGAGGAAGACCACGGUCCUGGACGUCAUGCGGAGGCUGCUGCAGCCCAAGAACGUGAUGGUGUCCACAGGCCGGGACCGCCAGACUAACCACUGCUACAUCGCCAUCCUCAACAUCAUCCAGGGGGAGGUGGACCCCACCCAGGUCCAUAAGAGCCUGCAGAGGAUCAGGGAGCGCAAACUAGCCAACUUCAUCCCCUGGGGUCCGGCCAGCAUCCAGGUGGCCCUGUCAAGGAAGUCUCCCUACCUGCCCUCAGCCCACCGGGUCAGCGGGCUCAUGAUGGCCAACCACACCAGCAUCUCCUCACUCUUUGAAAGCUCCUGCCAGCAGUAUGACAAAUUGUGGAAGCGGGGAGCCUUCCUGGAACAAUUCCGCAAGGAGGACAUCUUCAAGGACAACUUUGACGAGAUGGACAGGUCCAGGGAGGUCGUCCAGGAGCUCAUCGAUGAGUACCAUGCAGCCACCCGGCCGGACUACAUCUCCUGGGGCACCCAGGAGCAGUGACUUCCCUUCCCACCACUCUUCCUGGAUGAGAAGUGGCCUCCACACCUGGUCCCUCCAGCCCAACCUCACUUCAUGUUCACCCUUUCUAGAUUCAUCUCCAGCCCAAGAGCUGGCCCUACUUCCUCCCUGCUCUGCCCUGACCCUUGAUAUGCUUGUUCAGCUCUAAUAAAGUA